CCGGCGGCGGGCGGUCUGUUCGGUGCCAAGCCCGCAGCCCCCGCUCCCGCCACCGGUGGCCUCUUUGGGGCUCCCGCCCCAGCUCCCGCAUUCGGGGCCCCCGCGCCUUCGACCGGGGGCCUCUUYGGGGCUCCCGCCCCGGCGCCCUCGGCCUUUGGCCAGCCGGCGGCGGCUCCCGCAUCGAACCUCGCCGGGUACAUGCCCUACUCGUCCCUGCCGCAGGACCAGAAAAACAACAUCGAUACCGUCUACCAGGCCAUCAUGAAUCACAAGCGAACCAUCCUGGCAGUUUCCAGCAUGGCUCCAAGGUUGCUGAACACCUCGACCGAGCCAGCCGAUGUGGCCGGGGGAGGAGAGGAAGUUCCGCUGUCGAUUACCGUGAAGAGGCUCACGGGAAACGCGCAACAACUGGAACAGGAACUCAGAAGCCUCUGGGGCAGCAUGAUGCACACGAAGCAAAUGUACGAAACGAGUACCACCCAGGCCAUUCGCGAUGCAAAAUGGCCUACCGAAUUCGUUGCCACGAGGGUCGGGGCCACUCUCACCGGCAAYAGCCAGCAGAAAAGCAGCAACGAACGCGGUGCCCAGGCAGCGGCAUCCGCGUCGUCGACGAAGGAUGACACGAAGAAAGCCGAAGACUUCAAYCGUCGUCUCAAGGAGCUCCUGGAUCGCGAGAUGGUUCACGCGGAUCAGAUCUACCGCAUGCCAUCCUCCUAUCUGUGGCAGUGUGUCGAAGAAAUGGAGGGACGAGCUCGGCAGUUGCAGGGCCAGCUGCAAUCACUGCAGGAAACCCUCGAGAUAUCGAAUCAAGUAUCGAGCGAACAAUUCGACGUUGUUGGAGUCAUCCAGCUGCAAGAACAGACGAUCUGGAAGGUAGCGGCCGAUCUCACAGAAGUUCACAACAAGGUCGACGAACUUCGGCAUCUCUACAAUCUCCACGAAAAGGGAAUCAAUGUGUUGGAAGAAGCUCGCCAGGAAGAAAUCCGACACCAGCAACAAGUGAACCAACAAAUGAGAACGCUCAUGGUCAAGACCCUUCCUACUACGGCUCCUGCUGCGGGUGGACCGGCACCAGCUGCUUCUGGGGGAUUGUUUGGCAGCACAACGCCGACCGCAUCCGCCGGUGGCGGUUUGUUCGGAAAGUCUCCGGCUCCCGCAUCCGGCGGACUUUUCGGAGCUCCGGCUCCAUCCACCGGUGGGUUGUUUGGAUCGGCACCCGCUCCCGCGCCCGGUGGGUUGUUCGGAAAGUCCCCGGCACCCGCACCCGGCGGACUUUUCGGAGCUCCUGCUCCGGCACCCGCCUUUGGAGCUGCUCCCGCUCCCGCUCCCGGUGGAUUGUUCGGAUCCUCUACUCCCGCCCCGGCUCCCGCAGCCGGUGGCUUGUUUGGAUCUACCACCCCCGCACCCGCUCCCGCAGCCGGUGGCUUGUUCGGAUCGACUCCCGCUCCGGCACCCGCCUUUGGAGCCCCCGCACCGGCAGCCGGGGGGCUCUUUGGCGCUCCGGCACCCGCUGCACCCGCCUUCGGAGCCCCCGCUCCCGCGGCCGGGGGACUCUUUGGAAGCGCACCGGCAUCGGCCACGACGCCCAAAUCGAAAUCGAGGUCCCGCGGCAGCUCGCGCAGGCGAUAGAGACAACRCACGAGACGGGCUCGCCCCAACGCGGGCGGUGGCGCUUCACCGGUGGACGCGAUGCGAAUGUUUGGAAGGAAUCGUGCUUCGUACAGCGAUCCGAGUUUUUGUUCGUGGAGCUGUCACUUGUAGCAAAUACAAUUUCAGCGCCUCAUAAACAACGAUUAAGAAU